UAACCGCGGUUAAAUACUUCAUGGGACCCACUAGUGAACAAUCACCGACUUGAAAAGACGAUGACGGAGAAUGACGUCAUGGUGAUCACACUUCCUUCCUUACCGUACAAGCUUCAUCGAGAUCCAUCGCUGCUUCUCAUGGCGUCCGGCAACCUUGGCCUCGUCGUCAUCGCCGUCGAUGGCAGCGAGGAGAGCAUGAACGCCCUCCGCUGGGCUCUCACCAACCUCCGCCUUCGUCCUCAAUCGGAAACCGACGGAUCUGGUGGCUCUUUCCUCGCUCUCCACGUCCAAUCCCCUCCCUCCAUCGCCACCAGCCUCAACCCCGGUGCCAUCCCAUUCGGCGGCCCCAGUGAUGUUGAGGUGCCGGCUUUCGCUGCGGCAAUCGAGGCGCACCAGCGGCGUAUCACUGAUGCGAUCUUGAAUCGUGCUUUUGAGAUUUGUGAUGAAUUGCAUGUGAAAGCGAAAACGGAAGUGGUGGUGGGGGAUCCCAAGGAUAAGAUUUGUGAGGUGGUGGACAAGUUACAUGCUGAUUUGCUUGUGAUGGGAUCCCGUGGUUUUGGGCCGAUCAAGAGAAUGUUCUUGGGGAGUGUAAGCCACUACUGCAUCAACCAGGUUAGCUGCCCGGUAGUCGUAAUAAAGGGUACUUCUUGAGGAUCCCAAUUUCGUUAUAUAUAUAUAUAUAUAUAUAUAUAUGUCAUGUUGUGCUAUUAUAGGUUAACUUGCUUAUGUGUCUAUUAUCUGCUUUAUUGUGCGAUUUGGUCGGCAUGUUUCACCGUGUAAUGUAAUGUUCCUCGUUAACUCUGAAGAAUCAGAGCUUGUGCAUAUAGACUCAAUCCAUGUGUUAUUUUUGUUA